CUGACGCCCAAAGGUGCGGUGGAUCCCCGGCGGGUAGGUGCGCUGCUACGCUGAAGUCUGGGAAGGACGAAGCAUCCCGCUGCUGCAGGGCAGCUCCCCGACGAUGAUCAUAACACUGCGGGCUCUCUUCGAACAAGGGAGGACAUUUUUGGAUGCACAGAAAGCAGCAAUUGAAGACUUUGCCAUGAAUAAAAACAAGAGGGACAGAGAGUUCUACAGCGUAGACGUUGGAGAUUCAACAUUUACAGUAUUGAAGCGAUACCAGAAUCUAAGACCCAUCGGCUCAGGAGCGCAGGGAAUCGUCUGCUCUGCUUAUGACCAAAUCCUUGAACGAAAUGUUGCCAUCAAGAAACUGAGUCGACCCUUUCAGAAUCAAACCCAUGCCAAGAGGGCAUACAGAGAGCUAGUCCUAAUGAAAUGUGUCAAUCACAAAAAUAUCAUUGGCUUAUUAAAUGUAUUCACACCACAAAAGUCACUAGAAGAUUUCCAAGAUGUAUAUUUGGUGAUGGAGCUGAUGGACGCCAACCUGUGUCAGGUCAUCCAAAUGGAGCUGGACCACGAGAGGCUGUCCUAUCUGCUCUAUCAGAUGCUGUGUGGCAUCAAGCACCUUCAUGGUGCUGGGAUCAUUCACAGGGAUCUGAAGCCUAGUAAUAUAGUUGUCAAGUCUGACUGCACGCUGAAGAUUUUGGACUUUGGCUUGGCUCGGACGGCAGCCACAGGCCUCCUGAUGACGCCAUAUGUGGUUACACGCUACUACAGAGCACCAGAAGUUAUCCUGGGCAUGGGCUACCAGGCCAAUGUGGAUGUGUGGUCAGUGGGCUGCAUUGUGGCCGAGAUGAUCAGGGGGAGUGUGUUGUUCCCUGGCACUGAUCAUAUUGACCAGUGGAACAAGGUGAUUGAGCAGCUAGGCACCCCAUCUCAGGAUUUUCUAAUGAAGCUGAAUCACUCGGUGAGAACAUAUGUGGAGAACAGACCACGGUAUGCAGGAUACACUUUUGAGAAACUGUUCCCCGAUGUGCUCUUCCCUGCCGACUCAGAUCACAACAAACUGAAAGCAAGCCAAGCCAGAGACCUGUUAUCCAAGAUGCUGGUGAUUGAUGCGUCAAAGCGCAUCUCUGUGGAUGAAGCCUUGCAGCACCCGUAUAUUAAUGUUUGGUAUGAUCCUGCUGAAGUGGAAGCGCCUCCUCCAAAGAUUCCUGACAGGACACUGGAUGAAAGAGAGCAUACUGUGGAGGAGUGGAAAGAGCUAAUUUAUAAGGAAGUGAUUGAAUGGGAGGAACGAACAAAGAAUGGAGUGAUCAGAGGUCAACCCACUGCUUUAGGUGCAGCAGUGAUUGACAGUGCUCCUCAACCCACGUCCUCCUCCUCCUCCUCUUCCUCAUCAGCCAACGAUGUCUCCUCCAUGUCGACAGAGCCGACCGAUCCUAGCAGCGACCCUGCUGUGGGCUCAGAGACGGACAGCAGCUUGGACAGCCACACCUCUCUCAGUGCGCUGGCCUGCUGCAGAUAACUACACAAGCACACAUCUACUGUACAUCUUCUAAACAAAACCUUUCCUCAUUGGCGUGUGGUUGUGUGUGUGUGUGUUGGGUGUGUGGGGAGUGUUUAGGCAAUAGGAACUCCAUGUUAGUUUGUAGAGUUGAGCAUUUAAUGUACAGUUUGUUCUUUGUCACCUCUUCUACCGAUACCCUUGUAAAUUAUUGUGGUUUGAAAGUGUAUCAUGAUUAUUGUAUUUUUGCUGCAAAAAAACAAAAUGCGAAGAUGUUUUGAUGUGAAACUGUGAUGUACGUAAUGCAAAGGAUUUGAGUGUACUUUAUUCACUGUUGUUUUUUACUUACUACUGCAGUCAAAACCAUAAUGUAAUAACUGCAAAAUAAUUUUGAGUAAACUGUAUUUUAGCUUUUUUUGUGGACUUUUGAAGGAACAUCUAUAAGUUCACUCAUACAGUAGGUUAUAGCACACUUCAGCUUAAGCUGUAGUGCAAUUGAAUGAUUUUAUUUUCAAGCUGUAAGUUUUUUUUUUGUAGAAAACAGAUCUUGGUGUGUCCAAGUUAAUAUAUUUCUUUUUACAAAUCUGAUUGUGUGGGUCUGAUGAACACUAAUAGCAGGGUUUUAUUUUUUUAUAUAAAAUGUCAUAAACGAA